AUGGAUGUAAAUAAAAAUGAAUCUAAAGGACAAAACUAUAAAAAGAAAAACUCUGAUAUUAUUUUCUACACACCCAAAUCAAAUUUGGCGAUUGACAGUUUACAAAAAACUAUUGCCUUUAAUAAUUUAUUUAAAUAUGUUAAUAAAAAUAUUAAAAAAGAUGAAAUAAAAAAUGAUGAAAUAAAAAAUUACGAAAUAAAUAAUGAUGAAAUAAAAAAUUACGAAAUAAAUAAUGAUGAAAUAAAAAAUUACGAAAUAAAUAAUGAUGAAAUAAAAAAUUACGAAAUAAAUAAUGAUGACAUAAAAAGUUAUGAAAUUAAUAAUGAUAAAAUAAAAAGAUAUGAAAUUAAUAAUGAUAAAAUAAAAAGAUAUGAAAUUAAUAAUGAUAAAAUAAAAAGAUAUGAAAUUAAUAAUGAUAAAAUAAAAAGAUAUGAAAUUAAUAAUGAUAAAAUAAAAAGAUAUGAAAUUAAUAAUGAUAAAAUUAAGUGUGAUAAAAUAAAAAAUGAUCAUCUUAAAAAUGUACCAGUAAAAAAAAAAAAAAAAGAAUAUACGAAAAAUAUGAUAGGGAGAAAAGUGCAUACAGACGAAUUGCAUAAGGAAAAUAUUUUUGUUCUACCUAAGGAUAAUAUUAAUAAUAAAUUUGGAGAGAAAAAAAAAAUUCCCUUAAAACAAAAAAAUAAAAAAGUAAAAAAAAGAACCUUUUCUGAAAGUACUAUAAAUAUUUUAUCAUAUUUUAAAAAUGACAAAAUAAUAAAAUUAAAGGAAAAAGAUAAUGAGAAAUAUACAGAAAAGUAUAGAAAAACAGGUACACCACAUAUCGAUAUUAAUAAUUCGAUAAAAUCGAAUAUAAACAGUACCAAAUUUAAUAAUGUUAAUAUUAUUAAUCCAUUAAUUACAAAUAUUGAUAAUCUUAAUAUAGUAUAUAGAAAAGUAAAUGAAAAAUCGUAUUUGGAUGUAAAUAGUUGUCAUAAAAGGAUUAGAAGUGAACAUUAUCAAUCAAAAAUUUUCCUUGAAGAAAAAAUUAAAUUAAAUAAUAUUGAUUAUAAAAAUAAUACAUGUAAUGAAGUUGAUGACAAUUUAAAUCAUUUUAAAAAAUAUAUUCAUGGUAAUGACGUAAAGCAGAAUGAAAAUUAUUUAUAUGAUAAAAAUAUAAAAAUUAAUGAUUAUCCUAUACAUAAUAAAGAUGAAAUACUUAUAGAAAAAGAAAAAUAUUAUGAGUAUUUGGAAAAUGUUUACCUAUAUUCUAAGAAAUAUUUCUUAUCCGAUAAAAUGGAAUAUAUUAGUAAAUACUUAUUUUACAAAAAUAAGAAUUUAAAAAAUUUCAUUUUUUUAAUUGAUUCAUUAUUUUUAAAAAAAAAAUACGUGGAAAUUUUGGAAUUAUUGAGAAAUUAUCGACAUUUGUGGAUUUUUCCAAUUCAUAUGAAAAAUAAGUUUAAAGUCAAAAAUUUUGAUAAAAAGGAGAAAAUAAAUAAUAUAGACACGAAAAAUAUGACUAAUAAGAAGCAUGGGAAUAAACAAAAAAAUAAGAAUACACAGUUGUUUAUCCAUCAGAAUAAUAUUAUUUAUAAUGAUGAUAAAAUAAUUAAUAAUAAUAAAAAAAAUAAUAAUAAUAAAAUAAUAAAUAAUAACAUAAAUAAUAAUAAUAAUAAUAAUAUUUAUACGGAUGAUUAUUAUAAUAGUUUAUAUAAGAAAGAACAGAAUUUAAAAUUGUUUCGAAAAAAUAUCGAAUGUGAACAUUUUAAUAGAAAUAAAAAUAUUAUUUUUAACAAUAUGAAAUUAUAUGACCCGCAAAAUAUACCAAUUCAAAAUACAAAUGAUUAUAUACCUAAAAAAAUAAAUGAAAAGAGAAAAAAAAAAAAAAAAAAAAAUAGAAAAUGUUCUUGCAUUUAUGUAAAUAAUAUGUGUGAAAGUUAUUAUCCAUUUAUUUAUAAUAAAAAAAAAAGUACAAAGAGAAUGUAUUAUUGUAUUAGUUAUAUAGCCUUUGUAAAAUUAAUUUGUCUCCUUAAACUAAAAAAUAGUAAUUGUUUAAAUAAAGGUAUACGUUUUGUAAGUAGAAUAUAUAAAAAAAUGUUUUUAAAUAAGAAUACUCAUUAUUUUAUCCAUGCAAUUAUAAGGUUGUAUGAAUUAAAAGGAUUAUUUAAUUCGUCCCUUAAAUAUUCAAUGAUACUAUUUUUGAAUUUUCCAUUAUAUCCUCAUAUUAUUCUUAAAUUAUUUAGUUUUUCCAUAUUGUGUUUGAGGGAAGAGAUGUAUUUAAUCUUAUUAGCUAGUUAUCCUAAGCAUUUUGCUUGGUUCAAAUAUUUCCUCUUUUUCAUUUUAUAUUCUAUCAAUUUUCAGUUUAGAGAUAAAAAGGUUUUUGAUAGUUUCCUUUUCUUAAUUGAAAAUGUAAAUAAAAAGAAGAAAAAGAAAAAGUUGAAAAGAAAACAAAAAGGAAAAGAUAUAAUUUAUGAAAUGGAAAAAGAUGAUUUCUCUAUAUUUGAUGAAAACAUUUGUAUAGAUAUAAAUAAUAAUAAAAGAAAUAUUGAGAAUAACAAAAACAAUAUUGAGAAUAACAAAAACAAUAAUGAGAAUAACAAAAACAAUAUUGAGAAUAACAAAAACAAUAUUGAGAAUAACAAAAACGAUAUUAAUAAUAUUAAUAUGAUUAAUAAUAAUAAUUAUUAUUAUAUUUAUAACUUACAAAAUAAUAUAUGUGAAAAAAAAGAAAUUUAUAACAAUGUAUCUAAUGAUUUAUACGAUUUAAACAAACCCAUGUUAUCUCAUGAUAAUAUAAAUAGUAACAUGUUUAUAUAUAAAAAGAUUAUAUUAUAUAAGUCAUCAUAUAAUAAAGUAACUUUAUAUGAUACAUACAACUAUCUUGUUAAUAAUAAAUUUUCCAAAUAUUUUCCAAAAUUUUUUAUCUAUUCCAAAUUGUAUAUUAUAAUAAAUAUUAAAAAAAGUUUUUAUGAAAAGAAUUUUAUCAUGUGUUAUAGUUUAUGUAAAUUGUUAUUAAAUGAUUAUAUAUAUGAUCCUUGUGUGAUUACUUUUUUUGUUAAUUCUUGUUAUUUAUUAAAUAAUGUUAGCUCUAUAAAAAGGUUAGCUAGUGAUUUAAAAAAAAAUAAUAUGUAUAUAUAUUUUUUAUUUUGUAAUGCAACAUUAUUAUUACAUUUUCGAGAAAUAGAUAAAUCGAUUCAAAUAUAUAAAUAUAUUGUCGAUACUUAUGAAAAUGUAUUUUCUGAUUUAUAUUUUUUUUCUUUCUUAAAUUUAAUAAAUACAUUACAUAUAACUCAGAAGGCAUCUCAAAUUAUUAAUCAUUGUAUAUGUUUUAAUAAGUUGUUUUUUAAUAAUAUACAAACAUAUUUAUUAUUAUCUUAUCAUUAUUAUAUAAAUAAUAUACCACUCAAAUCGUAUUCGUCUAUAAUGAAAGCUUACAAAAUAUAUCAUUACAACCCCGACGUUUUUUAUAUGCUAUCUUUGUUAUCCUUAACAGAUAAAAGGUAUAAAGAAUAUGUAACAUUUAGUGAACUAUCACUUUUUUUUAGUUUAAGAUUAAGUAUAAUUAGAAAUUAUAUCUUUUCUAAAAUAUAUGAAACACAAUAUGAGUAUUUACCGUUUCAUUUAUUAUAUUACAAUUUUAAAAUUGUGAAUUUCGAGAAUUCUGUGAUUAAAUUUCCUAUGAACAUGGAACCUUUUAUGUGUCACUUAUUUUUUGAAAAUUUAAUAAAAUCAUACGUUACUUAUCAUAUAUAUUCAUCUGAAAGGCAAGGUCUCGAUUAUCUCCUGUUGGCUGAAAAUUUGUGUAAAAUUGGUUUUAUUUUUUUUUCAAAAGAUUUAAAAUUUUUACAAAUGCUAAAAUUUAUUCAAGGUUAUAAAUUAAAAAAUACAAGAAUGUGUUAUUCCAUUGAUAAUAUAAGUUAA